GAGAAGGAGUGGUAAGGGCAGUGUGCCGUGAGUAGUAGGCUGAAUACAUGCACUACAGGUUGCUUUCCCUGGCUUCUUCCGAACAGAAAUGCCAUCCUUCCCCAUCUUGAACAGCUUUAGGAAGCUCUGUGGAUCAAGUAAAAAUGAAGAACUGGUGCUAGAAAAGGUGAAAUUCCGAAAUUCAGUCAAAAGGAUGUCGAUUAUUGAGGAUGGGGAUAUUGCAGAGGUCUUGUAUCUCAUUCCUAAGCAGAGCUUGCUGAAGCAACUACCCUAUUUGAAUCCAGAUGACUACUAUUUGUGCGAGCAGUUAUUUGAUGCUCCUGAGGAUCUGGUGGCCCAUCCUCAGGAGCCUCACCACCCCUCUGAAAAGCCAGUCAUCCACUGCCAUAAAUGUGGGGAGCCGUGUAAAGGUGAAGUGCUCCGUGUUCAGGCCAGACACUUCCACAUCAAAUGCUUCACCUGCAAAGUGUGUGGCUGUGACUUGGCACAAGGAGGGUUUUUCAUUAAGAAUGGGGAAUACCUUUGCACCUUGGAUUACCAGCGCAUGUAUGGCACCCGCUGCAACGGCUGUGGGGAGUUCGUGGAAGGUGAAGUAGUGACAGCUCUGGGAAAAACCUACCAUCCAAGCUGCUUUGCCUGUACUGUUUGCAAGCGUCCAUUUCCACCAGGUGAUAGAGUUACCUUUAAUGGAAGGGACUGUCUCUGUCAGAUGUGUGCUCAGCCAAUGUCCUCCAGUCCAAAGGAAUUGUCUGCUUCAGGCAAUUGUGCUGGGUGUGGAAGAGACAUAAAAAAUGGACAAGCCUUGCUAGCUCUGGAUAAGCAGUGGCACCUGGGAUGCUUUAAGUGCAAGGCCUGUGGGAAGGUCCUAACCGGGGAAUACAUCAGCAAAGAUGGAAUUCCUUAUUGUGAAAAGGACUAUCAAGUUCUUUUUGGAGUCAAGUGUGAAGCAUGUCACCAGUUCAUUACUGGGAAAGUUCUAGAGGCAGGUGACAAGCAUUACCAUCCAAGCUGUGCACGAUGCAGCAGGUGCAACCAAAUGUUCACGGAAGGAGAAGAGAUGUAUCUGCAAGGUUCCACUGUCUGGCACCCCGACUGUAAGCAAUCUACUAAGACAGAAGAUAAGCUCCGGCAUUCCUCAUCUGAGUUCUUUUACCCAAAGAGUCUGGUUCUGCGCAGGCCACGCUCUGCAGAGCCUACAAGAACAUCAUCAGAAAGCAUUUAUUCCAGACCAGGUUCCAGUAUACCUGGCUCUCCAGGCCACACUAUCUAUGCAAAAGUAGACAAUGAAAUCCUUGAUUACAAGGAUUUAGCAGCCAUUCCCAAAGUCAAGGCCAUUUAUGACAUUGAACGUCCAGACCUAAUUACUUAUGAGCCAUUCUACACUUCUACCUACGAGGACAGACAGGAGAGACAGAGUCUUGGAGAGUCUCCAAGGACAUUAUCACCGACCCCUUCUGCAGAAGGUUAUCAAGAUGUUCGAGAUCGCAUGAUUCACAGGUCUACUAGUCAGGGCUCCAUUAAUUCUCCAGUGUACAGUCGGCACAGCUACACACCCACCAUGUCACGAUCCCCUCAGCAUUUCCACAGACCUGGCAAUGAGCCGUCCAGCGGUCGGAACUCCCCUGUCCCCUAUCGGCCCGACAGCCGCCCUCUCACUCCAACUUACGCUCAGGCCCCUAAACAUUUCCAUGUUCCAGAUCAAGGUGUCAACAUUUACAGAAAGCCACCCAUCUACAAACAGCAUGAUGCAGCUGCUUUGGCAGCACAGAGCAAGUCCUCCGAGGAUAUCAUCAAGUCCUCCAAGUUCCCAGCUGCUCAUGCACCAGCACCCAACGAGAUACCAAAGAUUGAGACAGACCAUUGGCCAGGUCCUCCCUCCCUUGCGGCCAUAGGAGCUGACAUGAGACGCAGAUCAAGUGGAAGAGAAGAAGAUGAUGAGGAGCUACAGAGGCGCCGGCAGCUGCAGGAGGAGCAGCUCAUGAAGCUCAACUCAGGUCUGGGACAACUGAUACUGAAAGAAGAGAUGGAAAAGGAGAGUCGCGAUAGGUCAGCUCUUUCUGCCAGUCGUUAUGAUUCUCCAGCACAUGCUUCAGCUUCCAAAACUUCUUCUCUGCCUGGCUAUGGAAAAAAUGGACUUCACAGGCCGGUGUCUACAGAUUUUGGUCAGUACAACAGUUAUGGGGAUGUGAGUGGUGGUGUUAGAGAUUUCCAGUCCCUUCCGGAUGGUCAUGUCCCUGGAAUGAGAAUGGACAGAGGAGUAUCUAUGCCUAACAUGUUGGAGCCAAAGAUUUUUCCAUAUGAAAUGCUCAUGGUGACCAACAGAGGGCGAAAUAAAAUACUAAAAGAUGUAGACAGAACCAGGCUGGAGCGGCACUUAGCACCUGAGGUGUUCCAAGAAAUCUUCGGCAUGACGAUACAGGAGUUUGACAAGUUACCGCUCUGGAGACGCAACGACAUGAAGAAGAAAGCAAAACUCUUUUAACUCUCCCUUUAAACAACCCAACAACAACAAUGAUUCAUAGGAUCUUGCAGUCCAAACUAGUUGGAAUCAACCUACUUAUCCACCAAAAAAAAGGAAAGGGAAAAUCACAUAGCGACACUUCUGUCCACAGCAAUUGAACAAGAUGAACGUUUGUCCUCCUGGAACACAGGGAGAAGAUACCUGGGCUCAGAAACAGCUAUAGUUGCUAGAGGUGUCAACCCUGUUACAUGAUAUCACACAAGCUAGGAAACUGUUCUGUUCUUCUCCCUCAAUAUUCCCUUUACUUCUCACCACAAUAUGAUGGACUUCAUUGCUAGUGCCAGGAAGUGCCCUUAGGAUGCCUUGUAGACUAAAGCAGAUGUAAUCACUCCAACAACUGGAAAAGAAUAUAUAUAUAUAUAUAUAUAUAUAUGUAUGUGUGUUUGCUUGUGGGCACACAUGUAUUUAUAUCUACCCAUCUAUCUAUGUGUCUGUGUGUAUGUAUGUGUAUAUAUGUGUAUAUAUAUAUAUGGUGAGGAAGAUAGAUGCCCUGUAGUGAAGGAGAAGCCCUUGGUAACUUACCCUCCUGGUCACAUUAGGUCUUUCACACAACUGUUUCUUGAUUGGCACUGUUUUGAAAUGGCAUCUUCUUUUUGUGAUACACCAAGGUGUGUCUGCUUUCGGGUGAGCAAAGUUGGGUUCUCUGCUCACCUACAGGACACACCAGUUCAAUUUCUGGAAAAUGGACUCCUUGUACUUGUAUAUAUUUGCUAGGAUUUAGGAAGUGAAUUGCUGUCUGUGUCUGUUGUCAGUCUUCCCUCUUUCACACUUUCUGCUUGAAUGAAUAAGGCUGGAGCUUAACCAGCCCUUUGGAUAAUUUAGGAUCACUUAAGUAAUGGGAAUGACGGAGAAGAGUCAGUUUUCUUGGUUUCCAGUCCAGGAGAUGGGUGGAUGGGGGUGGGAGUGAUAGAGUGAAAAAAUGCUUUUUUUUCCAAGUGUGCCCUGGUUCACAUCCAGAGAUUUUGGGACAGACUCCCUGCUAGUACAGACUGCAGUGGAGUUGUAGGAUUUUACAUCAGCAGGGAAGGUGGUUCUCUGCAAGCUGACACACAAAUUCAUCCCUCUUAGGGAGGAACGUUUAUGAAUUAAAAGGUACCAUCGAGGUGCCGUGCUCUGCCAAUAGAGGCUUUUUGAUGAAAUUGCAGUUGCUGUUGUCAGUAUGGCACAGUGCAUGGGGCCAAGCACUCUUUUUAGUUAAUGUAGUUUUUCACUUGUGCUUGGAAAAAGAGGGCACAGACUUUUUUUCCUUUCUUUCUUUUUUUUCCUUCUCUUGAAGCAUCAAAGCUCCAGCCUUGGUUAUUUUUAUUUCCUUUUGUGCCUGACUUGGUUUUUGAAGACAAAGUAAUCAUGCAAGACGGUUUCUGAGCUGCGUUGAACUCCUUAUUGCUUUCAGUCUUCUUCCAAUAUGCUGCAGCUUACAAAAACUGCCUGUAUAUACCUUAACUGCUUCUGGGCAAGUCCUGUACAGAGGAGGACACGAGCACCAAAGUAACUGAAUGAAUGCAUUGUGGCUGCCAGGUCAGCUUUUUCUCUUCCUUGGUGCUUAACUGCCAAUGCAUACUGCACUAACAAGCCCAUCUCCUGGUACAGGAGAGGGUCUUUUAGGUUCUGUGUCUGUCAAAGAAAUAUCAAGGUUUCAUUUUUAAUGCUGAAACUUUUGGCACUGGAGACAAUCAGAACCUUUGUAAUUUUUGUUAUAUGAGACAUUGGUGUUAAAAUCUGGAAGUCAGGAAGGGGAAACAGUCCUGUGUAGUUGUGAGAUUCAGUACCACUGUGUUGAGUUCAAUAUCACCAAAUGUGCAGGACAGCCCAAAUCCUGCCUCUUCUUUGCUGGUUUAGAAGGUCCUGUUGCAACAGACACUGUGGUUCUUUUGAUGAAGUCUGAGUUUGAGAUUCAGAAUAUGAGAGACCUGCUCCAUGUCCCCAGAGCCAAGGGAAUGGCGAGUCUGUGGGACUAGCUGAAGAGUAUGCUGCCAUGCAGAUCUGGCAUCACAGUCUCCAGUGAACAGGAGUCUUCAGUACAAUUGUGAGUAAGCUCUCUGGACACUACUGAGAUCGCAGCAAGGAUCAAUUCAACAGAUUUUACUUCAUUGUUCAGAACAAGCAUCUGAAAGGAUUUCAGAGAGACAGUGAGAAGUAAAUGGCAAUGUUAGGGAUGCUGGCAGUUUGAGAUGCACUUUUGAGUGGCUGCUGAAACCAAAUCCAUAUGAUGAAAGAACAGCUGUGCUGUACCAGCAGAGGCUUUGUGAAUGCUGGGGUCUCAGGAGUUCAGUGUUUGUCACCUGCAUGGUAUGGCUUGACUUAGAGAUGAAUAUCUGAGUUUUAAUGCCUUUAAACUACUGAAAUUCUCAACAUUCUGUCAGCCCACACUCUGUAGACAAUCCUGUGCUGCUGCCUGUGAAACACAGGAGGCAUUAUGGGUCUUUUAGCCCAAGUCACCUUGACAGUAAACCUUUUUGAUCUCAAGGCUCAAGGAUGUGAGCUGCCAGUCUGCAUUUUUCUGUCCCCAUCUGUAGAUUACUCUUGAGCUUCCCAUUGCACAUAUGAUUACACUACCCAGUCAUUUCAGAAAUGACUAAGCCAGGUUGUUUUCUCCCCUCCCCCUCUUCU